UAUAUUGCAGAAUCAAUUUCCUACACAACAUUGACGGACUGCAAUCAUGAACCCUACAUAAAUUAGUUAUAUUUAAUCCCUAAAUGCUUAGGCAUUAGUACUACCAAAAUGUUUAAGCCAGAGAAUCUUCGCAAGAAUUUUAUGAGAGCGAAACAACUCGCUGAUCAAAAUUUAGGAAGGACAGAAAAAACAGAGGUUCUCUCAGAGGAUUUACAGUCAGUUGAGAAAAGAGUGGAUCAAGUUAAAGAUGUCAGUACAAGAACUACAAAGAAAAUUGAAGCAUGGGUCAAAACUUCCUCUUCCGAAUAUGAGAAAAGAUUGAAAAAGAUGCCAGAAACCAGCUUAGCCAUCAGUAUGAUAGAAAGUGCUGGUGUACUUGGUAAUGAAACAUUAAUGGGGAAUUUAUAUCAGAUGUGUGGAGAAUGUCAAAGUAACCUGGCUAGUCACCUGUUAAACCAUGAUAUAUCAGUAGAGAAAGCAGUAUUACAACCAAUGCAAGAAAUUUUAGAUGUCGAAAUUCCUGCAAUUAACAAAUUCAAAAAGAAUUUAACAAAAACAACAUUGGACAUGGAUUCACUGAAAACCAGAUGGCAUCAAGCAGUGAAACAAACACAAGUUAGUGGAACAAAUAUGCAGCAAGCAGCCAAUAAAGCAGAUACAAUGAAGGAACAUUAUGAAGAUUCAUGUGCAAGAAUGGAACAAGCAAGGGAUCAAUUAACAACAGAAAUGUACAAUUUUAUAGCCAGAGAACCUGAACAUAGUCAAAAAUUAUUAAGUUUAUUAGAAAUACAACAGGCUUACCACAAAAAAGCAUUAGAUGAACUAGAUAAAACAAUACCCAAAAUGAGGGAUACAUUAGAAUGUAACCCUCAUAAACCAGUAUAUGGUCUGCCAUUAGAGGAGCACUUACGUGUGACAGGACGAGAUGUAGCACUUGUGAUAGAGGCCUGCAUCGUUACAAUCAUUGAAGGGGGUGGAAUGGAGGAAGAGGGAUUAUUUAGAAUAGCAGGAAUGGCUUCACGAGUGAAAAAGUUGAAGACCUCCUUUGAUGCUGGUGUGGUAGAUAUGGAUGAAUAUGCUCUUGAUAUACAUAGUGUAGCAGGUGCAUUAAAGCAGUAUCUUAGAGAACUACCAGAACCCUUAUUGACUUACUAUUUAUACCAAGAUUUUAUCAAUGUUUUAUCACUGCCACAAAACCAGAGGCUCCAGGCUCUUUGGAAAGUAGUACAUGACUUACCAGAACCCAACUAUAACAAUUUUAGAUACUUAGUGAAAUUUCUAGCACAAUUAAGUGAAAAGUCUGACAUAAACAAGAUGACACCUAGUAACAUAGCUAUAGUUAUUGGUCCUAAUCUGUUGUGGCUCGAAGGAGAUGCAGGAGCUAGUAUGGCUAGUAGUGGAUCUGUUAGUAAUCUCUUAGAAAUGAUUGUUUCAAAUGCAGACUGGUUUUUCCCUGAAGAUAUAGACUUUCACCAAGUUAACAAAGGCACUGCACCCCCUCGAAUAUCUAGCAGCUCGAGUGACAAUGUGACAACAGUUUCAACAGCAGUUGUUGCACCAAUGCAAGCAUCAAAUACUCUGUCUUCUAUAGCAAGAGCAUGUGAAAUAGUUACCCCUGCUGUAACUUUACCCAUCACAUCACAUUCUGAUGAUAGCAUGUCAAAUGUAGAAGAAACUGAUGUUUUUGCUGAUAAGGUAUCACCAUCGUAUCAGUCGUCAGCGUACAGUGCUGGAAAGUCAUCACAUAGUAGCUCGUCUGACAAGAGCCCAGGUGAUCUUGUUAAAUCCUAUAACUCACCACGUUGCAGUGUCAUUAGCCACCAUAGUAAUUCUAUAUCAUCUAACACUAACGCUAGCACUGAUAAUUCUUAUACUCGCUCAAGCUCUGUUCCACCUGUUGAAAAGAGUGUUCAUUCUGAUGUCUACAGUACUAUGUUUGCUUUACACUCUCUGGGUGACGGAAAUGUUUCAAACUAUAUGACUAAAGUACGUGGAAUAUUGGAUGUCAAACAUCAGCAACAGAAAGGGCCAUCAGCUUCAAGCGGGCAAAUUCAUAAAGUUGGGAGAAGUGACAGGGUAUUAACGGCAAAUAAAAGAUGUUCCUUACAGCCAGAGGUUGAAUUUGGAACCAUGGCAUCUUUUUGUUCUUCGAAUACUUCAAGGCUGUCAGAUAAUUAUGAUUUGCUAGAUCAAGAAGAAGCACUAGGUGGUGCACCGCCUCCACAAGAGGAAGAAACCACUAAACCAAGACCUAAUAGCCAACCAAUACAAAAAUCUGAAUCAGCUUCCAAUCUCCAUGCACCCUUAGCAGAAGUAGAACCAACUUCACCUAGAUCACAUCGUAAACACAAGUUAAAACCAGCACCACCACCUCCACCGGAGAGACCAUAUUCAAUCGCUGUGACAGCUAGUUACUCCAAAGCCAAUAAUCCGGCUCAGUUUCAAACAUGGCCACGUCAGGCUGUAUCAGAAUCAAACGAUGAAAAAUCAAGUGCAACAAAAACUAGAUCUUCACCAGAUAAACCUCCUGUAGCUGAAAAGCCAGGACAUCCUCCAAAUAGAGCUUCCACGAUAUCAUAUGGUGAUAGGCCAGUGGCGCCACCACCUGAUCGACCUAGUAAACCGCCACCAGCCACACCAAGUCAUCAAAGAUCAGCGUCAACAGGAAGUGCCAACAAUGCUGGAUUAUCAGUCACAAUGGAACAAAACGGCCAAGGUAGUUUAACAAAUAUUUCACCAGACUUUGUAGAAGGUGCUGGGCACAAACAUAGCCAAACUAACCGCUUAAGCCAACAUGGUAGUGCAAGACCACGACCAACACCACCACCACCACCACCCCCGUCAACCAAUAAAAAUACAGAGAAUACACAUUUAUAGAACAAACGUACAUUUAGGAACUUAAUAAAUUGGUUGUUUUUAUUAUACAAUAUAAUUUAUCAUAAAUGUACAGAUUUUUAAGAAUUUUUUUGAGUGCAAUCAAAAUUUGUUCAAUAUUAGAUCUACUUUUAUUAUGUAAAUUGCAUUUUUUACUUGAUUGUAUAUUUAGUAAUGUGCAUUUUGGUGUGAUAGGUUUCUUGUGUCAUGUCAUAUAUAAUACAAGCUUAUUGCUUUUUGUGCUUUAAAAGCUUGUAAAUAAAUUCAGGAAAAUUCAUAAAAUUCAUACAUCAACGCCGUAAUAUUUAAAAAAAAAAACAUCAUUAAAAUACAGAUCGUUUUUUUCCCUGAUUGAUUGCUGAUUACUUUACAUCACGUCUUUUCAUUGCUGUGUUUGCUAACUUUACGUCGUAUUGACUUUUUGUCAUGGAACUACUUUUAUCAACACAAUUGUGAUUAGUAUUAUACUUACAUUGUCAAGAUAUGUUAAAUUAGCCACAAGUUAAGCAGUGACCAAUACCUAAGUUUUGAUCUCAGAAUCUCUCAAAAUAAUUAUGUUGGAGUGAAAAGAAAGAUGAUGUUGCACUACCUUGUAAUUAACAUUAUAUUUCCACUGGCAUGCUUCCAAAUUCUGUUCACCUGAACAUUUUUUCCAAUCGAUUUUGGGAGAUUUUCUUUUUUUCCUUCGCAUAUGAAAAAAUAUAUUUUCUUGACUGCUUGCUUUAAACCUGUAUUAUAAAUAGCUUCAUAUUAUUCAAGGCUUAUAUGUAUUUCAUUCACAUUUAGGAAAAACUUCUUUUGUUUUUGAUAUUCGAUACUCUCUUAUGUAAAGAUCUAAAAAAAGAACUUGAACAAUAAUAUUUCAAAAAAAGGAAUAAAAAGUUAUUUCUUAACGAAUUCAAAGAUGUCAUAGUAGAAUAACUGUUUAAAUUUUAAUUAAUAUGCUGCAAUUAACUAAAUAGCUGUACUGUGGCAUGAUACCAGAAAUACAGUGAUGAAUAGCUAUAGGAUAUUGGAGUCUAUAUUUUGUACGACACAAUUUUGGUCCAGAGUAAAAUACUAAAUUGCACAAGUUUGAGAGUGCUGUAAAUGUUGUACAAAAAAAUGGUCACCAGUAUUUGUGCAAUACACCAAUUAAUUUAUGGAAAAACUUGCAAAAAGUGCAUAUGAUGAUAACGUCACCGUUUUGAAAUUAUAUUGCAAUGAUCAAUGCCAUCAAAUAAUGCAGGAUAACUUAGGGUAAAUGUUAACAUUGAAUAUAACAUUGCUACUACCAUAUACAAGGAUAUAUUUAGCAGGUCUUAUUAUGUACUCUCAGUGAUAUAGUAGUAUGCAUGUGUAGAAAUGUAGAUGUGAAGUUUUAUAACAUAAAAACAUUAAUGUAUUUAACCCUUUAAUCAGAAGUACGGACAAUAACAUACAAAGAAUGAUAACUCUUGUUAGGAGAAUGAGAGUCAAAAUUUGCCAUUUAUUGUAUAAAAAUUUUACAAUUAUACCAGCAAGUGCUACAAACAGCUACAGUUGUAUCUGAUAUAGAAAUCCAAACUCAUGUACUUUUACUUUAUUUCUAAUGAUUUGUUUGAAGUUAAAUUAUUGCUAAUUUAAUUGUAGAUAAAUAAUAUAUAGUGAACUUAAAGGAUGAUUAUUAGUUAAUUUAUGAACAAUCUUAGUAGUUAGUUAUGUAUAAUAAACUUGUGCAAUGCUUGAAUGAUGAAAAGUUUGAAUGUUUAUAUCAUGGAUAAUCAAAAUCUGAAUGAAUGGCAAACCUAAACUAACAAAUUUAAAAUCUGCUAGAGGUUUAAAAGUGGGGAUACACAUAUUUAUUAAUUUCAAUACAUUUUUCUCUUAAACUUUUCAAAUUUACUUUGUUAUGAAUAUAGAUAUAGCUAUUUCCAGUAAUUGUCAUUAGUAUUAUAACCUUUAAUGUUGCUCCACCAAGUACAAGUGACCUAAGUAUGGUAAUUCUGUUCUAUAACUGCAUGUUCAAUGGGUUUGAAAAAGAAAAUAUUGAAUGACGUUAGAAUAAGAUAUAGAAAUUUAGGCUGAAUUGAAAAAAAUAUGUACUUUUGAAAAGCUAAGAAAAUAGCAUAAAAGGUAUUGAAAAGUUAGUUUUUUUUUAGAUUAAGAUAUUUAUAAUCUGUUGACUUUACCUUUGAUUUUCACUUGACUCUGUUCUAAAAUCUAAAUUAUCAUUCUCAUUCUGGCAUAGGAGCAAUUUCAGGUAAAACUAACAUUGAUGUUUUAAUGAUCUAGUAGAACAACCUCAAAAAUCAGUUGGCAAAUGAAUUGUUUAUGCCUUAAGUUUAAAGAUAUGAUAAAAUGAAAAAAAGAGUCUGCUUUUAUAAAUCGAAAAUAAAAUCGAAAAACCUAUCAAUAAGUCAGGUAAAACGAUAGCAGAAAAAUAUGUCCAACCUUAAAACUUUGAUUUUAUUUGAUAAUUAAUGAUUCCUUGAUGAUCAUUUGUAUUAAUAAAUUAUUGUAGUCAUUAAAUUAUGCUGCUUGCAAUGCUAGUUUUGAUCAAUCAUUUCUUUUAAAUUGUAGAUUCUGGAUCGUAGCCCAUUUUUGCUUAUCAAUGUGUUUGUAUUCCCACUGUAAAUAAAAAAAAUUCUCAAGUUAAGUGUCACUAGUGCUUUUAUAAGUCAUUAAAUUAUGUUAUUGUUGUAUAUAUUAUAGCAUUCCUUAAAGUCUUUCAUUUAUCAAUUUCUUACAAUUGUCAUAUUUACUUUUGUCAUUUUGCUUUAAUUAUGGCUUAGUGCUCGUAUAUUUUAUAAUAUCCUUUUUAUGUACCACAUUGGUGAUCCUUUACUUUCAUUUUGUCUUUGAAACAUGUUGAUGGCAGUGAACAUUUGCAUGUUCAGGAACGUAAAACCAGUGACACAAGUAAUUAGUACAAAAUAUAUGUGUACAGUUUUUUUGGACUGGUCACAAAUGAUCAUUAAUUUAUUACUGAUGUUAAAAAGAUUAAUUUUUGGAAACUAAACUUUUGAUUAGAUUUAUAAACUUUUUAUAACAAUAUUUCCUUACUCUCCCAGCUUACUGAAGACACUAGGAUGAAUCUCCCUGCUUGCAGACUUAAGUGCUUCUUGGUCCAGGUGUCCAUUUUAAAUAGAGUUUUCUGAACAGUUUUUGUUUCUUUGAGCAUUGCAGGGGUGGAUCCAGCCAUUUUAAAAAGGGGCGUUUCCAACCCAGGACAAAGGGAGGGGGGUCCCCAUUCAAAUGCAUUGAUCAGCCAAAAAAAGGGGGUUCCAAGUUCCAACCUCCAGAACCCCCCCCCCCCCCUCUCCCACCCCUUGGGUUGGCAAAUGCCUUGCUUUAUUCAUCACAACAUACUAUUUCAAUCUCUAAAAGAUUUGUAAUCACAUGUUUCUAUUUGGUUAGUCAUGAUUUAUGUCGAAUAAAUUUGAUUUUCUUACACCUGUCCGUCUUAUACAAAUGCCAAUUACUAAGAAACAAACAUCAAGUUUAAAUUUGGAUGGCUUCAAUUGCAUCACUCUCAAGCUAUGUUCCUUUAUAAAUUAAAGAAAUGCUGAAUGUGCCCUUACUACACUCUUAACAUUUCCCUUUUCUCCACCAAAUGUUAUGAAACAUAUAUAAAAUGCUUAUUACAUUGUACCACCAAACACAGAUCAAGUUUGGGUGGUGUCUUGUUCACUAUGCUGAAUCGGCAGUAUAUUUACAUAUAGGGAUUCUGUCAUUUUAAAGUUAGAAGAUCUCAUUUGAGUCAAGACAGAGCCACUCAAAUUGUUACUUUUAUCUUAUUUUGGUGAUAACAUGGUAACAUUUUUAUAUCUAAAUGAACUACCAUCUUGAGUGACAAAUGAAUUAAGAAAUAUACUCAUCAUAUAUACCAGGAUUAAAAUUUUGUACACUGGAGGUGUGUUUCAUCUGAAAUAUCCUAGGUUGUGAACUACAGAUAAUGUUGUAGACUUAAAAUCUCAGAUAAUCGCACAGAUUUCUUUUAAUUGUGAUCUAAUAAUUCAUGAACAGGGACAGUAUAUUGAGCUUGAUAUUUUUAAAUGACAAUUUAAAAGUGUUGUAUUUAAAGGUUUAUGUAUUAAAACUAUUUGUAUAAAAUGUUAAAAACAAGAAUAUUCAAAUUUAUUGUAUUACUUUGCCCAAAGGGAAAUAAAUCUCACAGAUUUUAAACUGCAAAAAGAGAACCAUAACCUUUGAAACAGUUCUAGUGUAUAUUCAGUACUGCCAUGUUUUAAAGAGACCUGAAAUUUAGUUUUUCUUUUUAUUGAUGAGCAAGUUUGUUUGUUUUUUGAUGUAACUGUUAAAAAUUCUUUCAGAAAUGCCACCAUUUGAGUUUUUGAAUUGCAGCGAUUAAUGCUGACAUCAGCAUUUAAACUAUAAAAACUCCAGACUGAUUUUAAAGUUGUUAUAAUUAUUGAUACAUUCAAUAAACAUAUAGCUUUUAGAACAGGGUAAAUAAUAAAUAUCCAUGCUCUAUUGAAUUCUACAAUUUGUAAUUCACAACUACAUUGUAUAUUUUAUCAGACAAUGUGUUUCUAUUGUUGAAUUAUUCUACAAUUUGUAAUAAUUGCAAUGUAUAUUUUAUUUAACAAUGUGGUACUUCUACAUUGUAUCUUUUAUUUGACAAUGUGGUACAUAUAUUAUAUAAAUUUUUAUGAUGGAAAAUAAACAUGCUUGGGUCAGCUGUGAUAUAAGUUUAUGCUGACCAUUAAACAAGCACCAGUAGGCUGUUGAUUAUCUUUUAAUUUAUGUCAUAUGAUAUAUUAUGUGAAGCAGAUUAUGUUAUAAUAUAAUAUACUGUAGGAAUAAAGAAUGUUUUUAUACUUCAGUAUUUUUUCAGAAUAUUCAAUAAACUGAAAAGUCCACAUGAAUUACCAGCUUAUUUUCACUGUAACUAUAGUAUUUUCUUACUUUGGAAAAUUAAAAGUAAUAAAUAUUUUUAGAUUUCAUCAGCUAGUAAAACUGUAUAGACACAUUUAUAGUGUAUCUGUAGCAACAACAUAGGUAACUUAUGUUUUCCUACGAGGAAAAUGCAAGUGUGAACUUUGCCAUUUCUACUUACAUUAUUUUGAAGCAUCACAUUUCUUCAUUGGAAGACACACAUUUUAUAUAGGAAUAUGAAUGUAUAAUUUAUAACGAAAAAAAAUAAUAACUUUUUAAUAACAUUGUAAAAUAGAUUCUAUAUAUCAGGCUUUUUGAAAGGGAAGUAAUCCUUACACAUACAGUGGAAGGGAUCUGUUUUGUGUAUUUAAUGUUCAAGCAUUUACUGUCUUUUAAAGUACUGUAUACAAAUCUUUGACCAUAGGUUUAGUGCAAGUUUUAUAAGAAUCAUUAAAUCAUAUGACUUUUUCAA